AUCAACAUGUAUCAACAUGCACCCACACACAUAUACACGUACUAAGCAGCUCACACGAGGACGCCGAUCACUCACAGAGAGAGCGCGGUGUUGCAUCAUCGGAGGAGAGAAUCGCGGUCAAAAGACUUUUGCACGGGCAGCAUCGAUAUCGAUCACAUCUGGCAGAGCAGCAGCCAGACGGCCAGGCACUUAGAGAGACAGGACAUACUGCCAGAAUCAGCCACACCACACCCUAUCGCUUUGUGUACUCACUUAGUGCUCACCAUCUCACUUACAAAGAACGACCACCUAGGUGCAUAUGUGUGUGCACAAUCGGAACCUGGAUGGGAUGGACCAUCCGAUUCCUUGAGGCAAACACACACUAGCCACCCGCCCCCCCAUUGGAUGUCAUCAAUAGCUCCACACGUACGGUGCUCGUACUUAAAACACAAAGACGCACGAGCGACUUACAUAGUGACUUACAUACACAGCCAUCAACAGAGAUAUGUACACGCUAUACUAUAUGUGUGUGUCAUCGCACGCACCCACACACACCCACACACACUAUGUGUGUUGUGGUGUGUCUAAUAGUACCCGCCGUAACCACCACCGUAGCCUCCGCCAUAGCCACCGCCACCAUACUUUUUGUUCUUGUAGCCAUACCACUUCUGCUUGAUCUUGUUCUUGUAAUACUUGAGCUUGUCCCAGAAGCCCGGGCCCAGCCUCCGCUCUGUGGGACUCGAUGACUCCUCCACAGCCUCCAGGCCACUGGGCUCAUCUUCAUCUUCAUCUGCACACACACACACACACACGUGGCCAACACAAGGAUGACGUGUGGGCGGGGUGGGGAUGUCGUCUGCACACCCACCUGUAGGUGCAGCCGUCGGCUCAUCAGCCGCGUCCUCACAGUCUGCUGCCGCCGGCCCCGUCACAAGGGCAUCAGACACACCACCUACAGGCACACAGGUACACAGGAAAGGCGUACUUGUGCAGCGUUUGGACGAGCUGCAAACAGCCAUCGUGUGUGUGUACCAUCGGAUGUCACUUCGUCGGCGUCAUCAGGUGCCCCGCCUCUCAGACGCCGGGCCACCGCAGACGGCGCAUCAGCAGGAGCAGCUGGCUUCAUAUCAUCAGCGCAGACCAGUGCGAUGCCGAGCAGGCACACCAGCACCGAAAGGGAGAGGGCCUUCAUCGGUCGUGAGGUGGACGACGGGUGGAAGCACAGACGAGCAGCGGGCAGACGAACAACGACGAGGGGCUUGCUGAACACGAUAAGCUGAGGAGA